AUUGAAUGGGAUUUUUCUGGAGUUAAUUUACCAAACGACGUGCCAAUUUGGAGAUUUGCUUUCUGGCGAAAUCGAGUAUUUCUUGCUCUUCCAAGAUGGAAAAAAAGACAAAUAAAUUGGCCGACAUUGUUAGAAGCUCCUUGGCACAAUGACGCUGAAAUAAUUAAUCUAAAAUAUCCAGUUAAAUAUUUUGAAAAUUAUAAUCAAAAUAUUAAUGAAAAUAGUAUAAAUUGUAAUAAUUUAAUGUCAAUAACUGGUCUUGAUGUUGAUUUACGUGGACGUCUUUGGAUUUUAGAUGCACCAAGAUUCACUUUUUGUCCAGCUAAAAUAUUAAUAUAUGAUCUUCAAAAAAAUAAAGAGAUAUCUAGAAGCUGUUUAUCACAAGUUCCAACAUCAGGAUUAAAGACACUUGUUGUUGAUCAAGUAACAAGUGCUUCAGGCUACAGAGCAUUCAUUGGUGAUCCUGGCGAUGAUUCAAUAAUAAUUUACAGCCUCGGUAAUGGACGAAAUAAAUGGUGGAAAUUAAAACUUCGACAUGAUAAAAAAAUACCACGUGUUUACACAACAGACAUGGCAAUAUCAAAAAAAUUAUCAAAAAUAUAUUUAACUGGUUCAGCUUCAAAUGGAAUUUUUAGCAUCCCAUUAGAAUCAGCAAGACACAAUGAGCCAAAUAGUCGUUUUAUACAAUAUGUUAAUGUGACUUAUCAUGGAUCAAAAAUUGGUACUUCAUCUGGUCUUUGUUGUGAUGUAAAUGGUGGCCUUCAUUAUUUCCUGGUGUCUCAGCAUGCCAGUGUUCGCUGGGACAUGAAAACAACGUUGAAAGCUGAAGGUCAUUCGGUUGUUUUGCAAAAUGAACAAGUUCCAAUAAUUAUUGAUUAUAAAAUGGAUAAUCAAAAAAAUAUUUUAGGUCUUAUUAAUUAUAGACAUCCAUUUAUAAAUAAAUCAAUUUAUGAUAUUGAUUAUGAGUGGAUACCAAAAACACGAAUCAUUAAAGUUUGGAAACAUAAACGUUCAUUACCUUGA